GUUUUUGUUGUCAUAAUCGAUAUUGUUGAUAUGACAUAAAGGUCAGUUUUGUUUACAUUUUCGGUAAUGCAAACCAGCAUCCUUUAAAAAGGUAAAUAAGUACCUAGUCACAACCAAUAUAUAAACAAAGUAAAACGAAAUCAACAGUCAGUGUGAAGCAUUAACCAGCAGGUCAACUAAAAAGUUUUAGACGCGUCUUUAACACAGUAUUGGACGUCUUUAAUUUUUGUUUUGUCUUAGUUCCCCAGUUCCCGGUGUACAGUCUGCACCUCUGUUAAAAUCCGUUCAAUUUUAGUUUUGCAAAAAUGAUUUGGUAUAUUUUCCUGUCGGUAACCACGGCAUCAGCAAACCUGGACUUUCGCAACGUCAGCAUGGAAAACUGGACAACAUGCGAACAGUUCAUGUACAACUAUACACACGACGUGAACAAGAUAGUGGACAUCGAGUGGAAGAUAUUUUACUCCUGGGACGGCAUGUUUCAUGAGAGCUAUAAUGUUUGGUUCACGAGGCCCACGAAAGUGCUAAUAGAUCGCUACCGCGUCCAACUCGAGAAGCAGCUGAAAGACGUCAACUUUAACGACUCCGAGCUGUUCAUGGAGAGCCGCAUAGACUUCACGGCACUCUUCAUCAAAACUAAUGUGUCCGGCGUGUACCGUAUUGUGCCGCAUACGGCUUUUCAUGUGCCCUACAUACCUAAAGCACCCAUUGCUCUGAAAGUGGUGGAGCCUGGGUACCUGGGCAUCAUGAAUUGCGGGCUUCGCUACUGCUACGCCUUGGCCCCGGUCCACAAAAUGCCGCACGAUAACUAUCUAGCAGAAGCAGCCGCUCGAUUGCAGUUCUGGAAUAGUUUGGGUCGCUCGUACCUGACGAGGCCUACGCCGAGGCCCGAAGCAACAACGGCUGCAUACGACCCUGAUGAUGACGAUAUCGAGUUUGAGAAGCACUUUAAUACGUUUUAGAGAGUUUCCGAUAGCCCGGUGCGUCGUAAUCGGUUACGGUUAUUUUUGACAAAAAAUUAUUAAUUUACAAUCAGUAAUUUAUGUACGAAAAUAAAGGUACAGUAUUAGGGAGUCUUAGUUUUUCAAUAAAACGCUCAAAAUAUAGUGAAAAUGAAAAUAUGACCUUGGACAUUCAAACUUCAUACAAUCAAAAUAUUUCAUAAAUAAGGGAAUUAAAUUUGGUAUAUUUUCGAAAAUUCGAGUUUUAAAUAACCGGUUAUGAAAUUUUAUCGGUUAAUUUAUAGGUUAAUCGGUUAUAAUUAUUUCGGUUAAGGUUUGAUACUAUCUGCUACAAUCUAAUUAUUCUACAUA